AUGGAGACAAGUGCCACAUACUCUGCCAUGCGCUCCAGCAGCAGUUACGGGGCUGCGGCCGGCAGCGUAGCGUUCCCAAGACCGAGAUAUGGAUCAGACACAUGUGAAAAUGCCCCCAGUUUCCAAAGUCACAUGAGUCGGGCCCCAAGUUUGCCUAGAGACCAAGAUGUGCCCACUAGCGUCUUUGACAAUGGUGCUGUAUCGCAAAACGUUUUUGCGGACCCUGGAGCGUAUCACUCAGCUGUUCUUGGGCCGCAUAUGCCUGGAGACCACUUCUCAAACAGGGCUAUGUACGCCCAGGGUGGAAUUGUGUAUAGCAACUUUGCAGCUGGCAUGUACCCACCUGGCAUGGUGGCCAUCCAUAAUAGUACUGCUCUUCCUUACGGCAUGAGGCCGGAGUCUUCGAUGAAGAUGGAGGGCACCGUCCCGGCCUAUUGCCAUUCCUUGCCCAUCCCUUCCCUUCAGUUCAUCCCACGGUUGGUCUGCUCAGUUAGUGAAUCGGGGAAAGGACAAGUGACCCCCGGGUAUUGCCAGUCCUUGCCGGCUGCUGAAACGGCAACGCUUCCAAAGCUCGUGUCGUCCGUGAGUGAGUCGGGCCUAGAUGCAAAGCGCAUCCUGCGCUGCUGCAGUGUGCGUGGGGAGCACAUGAUGCACAUGCAGCCUUGCGUGCAACCGAGCAGGGCCCAAGAGGAAAUGAAGACGACGUACGUGGUGUUGAAUAGCUGCCAGGACGGCGUCAACGCUGUCCUGAAGACCAAGGACACAGGGACGAUGACCUCCAUGAAUGACCUCACCCGGGGACUGCAGCCCCUUCUCGAGUGCAGAGAUGCAGAGGUGCAAACCAUCCCAACGAAGGAAUGUAAAUCUGCAGCAACGAGCCCCUCGGUCGCAGCAGAAGGCCACCCUCACGUGUUCCCAGAGGUUAAUCUGGAGCCCGAGGCAGAGGGUGAGAAGUCUCCGGUGCGGGAGGUGAGGUGGGACGAUGAAGGCAUGACAUGGGAAGUGUAUGGUGCGGCUGUAGACCCCGAGGUCCUUGGCUUGGCCAUCCAGAAGCACCUUGAAAUUCAGAUAGAACAGUUUCAAACUGAACCGGAAGAGAUCUCUAGGAAAAGUACUGAGGAGCUGCCGGCUAAACAGGAAAAGAAAACCUCUUUCAGAACAAUGAUGCAUUGCCUAAGAAAUCCAGGCUGCUGUGCCCGUUCCAGCACAGCAGUGGAAUAA